CAAUAAGCUCACUAUUAUGACUAACGAACCUGACCCUCACCGGAUGUGGUGUGACCUUAAAGCCUAUAUAGAUAAAAAGCCACCAGAUACCUGUUCUGCUGCAACACAGGAUGAGUAUUUUGUAGGAAUCCAGAGUAGCUUUGUUCAGUUAAUCACACGUUUCCCUCUCUUCACCGUUGAACAUAAAAUAGAGCUAGAAAUGUGGAAUGUUCUGUAUAAAACUCAAAUUAACUCACUACAGUCGUUGGCAUUUAAAUUGACCAGGUGCAUGUAGAUGACUUAAAUAUUCAAAUAAACUUGCUUAUUUCAUUUUUGGUCAGGAAAUUAACUUUUAGUUGCAAUGUCGUCUGUAUUGACUUCAAAUUUUCUUAAGCUAUGCUGCCUAUACUUUUGCUAAGUUCCCUUUUAUUUCCCCAUUCUUGUUUGUUUGGGUUGUAGAUCAUCAGGCUCCGGGUACUGUAGAAUAUCUUAGUAUCGUAGAUAUUGUCCUAAGGAAUUCACUGACAUUUAUGCGUCGACAGUUAUUAGUGUACGUGACAGUCCGCUUUGGGCUUCCCACAAGUGACGCAUAGAUAGCAUCCAUAAACGGUUGCACAGAUAUGUAUCAUACUUUACGACACAGUAGAAGUUGACGUUAUUACGAGGAUAGAAUGAGAAAUGACUUAAACAUCUGUGCAUAUGAAGGCACGUUAAAUACAGUUCCUGAUGAAUAAGUAAAGCUGAACGAUGAGAGAGAAAGUAUGCAACUACGCCGUCGGGAUUUAUUUUAACACAUAGAUAUUGGUACAAGGAGGCACCAAAUACAUAUGUGCCACACAAAUUUCAUUCGAUAUGUGUGAAGGCUGUGAUACUGCCCGUGUGCCCGAACCGAAGCAGGUGGUGUUCUUAGGGGGCCACUCCCCGAGCCUUCGACCCGAAGGUCUGAUCCACAAGGCAGUGGAGCAUCGUAAGGAGAUGCAGUCCCAUGGAAGACGGUGACCAACAAUUGGUUCAUAUGCCAUUUGUUCCCGCAGGAUACUGGAGCCCAUGUGCACCAUUGGUUUGGAAUCCGGUUAAAGCGCCGGACAUUCGCUUUUCAUCCUCUCAUUUUUGUAAACAUUACCCCCGCCACGAGAAGGCAGUGAGUCGGACUUCGCUGGCAGAGGCUAUAUACGCGUGGCCAUGUGAGAGCAUUUGGAAAGAGAGAUAGCGGACUCUCCCCACUCUCGGCCGUACCAGGGCAUUUGGGGGUGAUUAAAAGUAUUUCGUUAGUGUUACACCUUAAGGACCAAAUUAUUGAUCCUCAUAGAACUGUACCAUACCUUGAUUUACCUAGUUCUGGUUAUUUUCCAACCAACUGUCAUGUUAGCCAACAUUCUGCAUCAACUCAGGAGUAUUCAAGCGUACGUAAUACAUCCUGUCCAUUUCAUUCUCUCGACUGGGAUUUCAAGGUUCUGCCAGUAUUUCCCUAACUUUGUCUAUUUAUUAUUUUCCAUUAAAAUAAUACCUGAGCACUUAAGUCGUUAGCUGAUUGAUUCUAGUAUCUAUUUUAUCUUGAAAUGAAUCGUCCAAAAUUUUCUUUUAUAGUUAAACCAACGUUUAUCCGGUACCGGAAACAGUGGAUCUCUUAAAUGUUCUACUAUGGAGCUCAAACUUCGAUUGGUUUUAUUGUUAGAUCGUGCUUCAGGUAUCUAUUUCAAUCUUAUAUACCAAUUGCUUCAACCAAUUUCUGAACUUCCAUGGCCUAAAGUGAUACUGGGUAUCCUUGCGAGCGUCGACGGCAUGUUAGACUCAGAGAAUAAUAAGAAGGGGAAACAUGUUUCCGAUUACCUGGAUCUAGAUCUGGCAACUUUUUCUGCCAACAAAACAUGCAGUAAAAGAGUGAAAGAUACUGAAUCAAACAAAUUUUUAUCAAUCACACAAGAAUCAGACACAAAUGUUAUUGUACCACGUAUACUAUCUAGAGGUGAUCGACUUCCGUCAGAGAUUAUGACAGUUUCCUCAAGUGUAGAAAACAGUAAAAUCAGCGGCCAAGAUAUAAAAUACCCCGACGGAAUAGAAAACGAAAAAGAAAAAAUCAAUGUGAUUACUAAUCAAAAUUCUAAUAUUCACUGUUUGGAUCAAGAAGCAGCUGUUAUUUACCUAGUACAUCACUGUUUAGUUCAUCUUGGAGAUAUUGCACGGUACCGUCAACAGCCAAAUGUUGCCGCUGGUUAUUACCUUUGGUCUUGGGUUGUACACCCUGAUUCUGGUCAUUCUUUCAACCAGUUAGCUAUUUUAGAAGCAACUAAGCCUUUACCUAGAAGAUGUAUGGAUGCUUUAUUUUAUUACUAUAUACGUGCACUAGCAUGUCUACAUUCAUUUCCUGCUUCUAUGAAUAAUUUAUCUAAUGUAUUGUUGGACUAUUACAAGUCAUUUGAGUUAUCUUCUAUAUGUUUUAAUGAUAAUAAUAAUAAUCAUGAGAAACUACCUACUGAUUCAAUGAAAGAUGUUAUAUUAAGUGCAAAACGCUGGCCAAAAUUUACCAAUCAACAAAUACGAACACUUAUACAGUUUUAUGCAGCACUCCAUUUGCAUACAGAUCCUGUCAAACUGAUAAAAAUGGCUGAUGAUCUUUUCGAAAAUAUGAACGACUGGAAUAGUGUAGAAUUGAACAAAAAUCAGUUGAUACGUAUAUUGUGUAUUCAUUUCUAUUUAACUGACCAAUACUUAUCAGACACGAAAUCAAAUCUAUCAUCAUUUCAAACAAUAGAUGGAAAAUCUUUUAUGCUGAAUGAAUAUCAAACGGGCACCGCUCUACUCUUAUGUUUAACGAUUUAUUUAAUUAAUUGGAUUACUUCAAGUAUAGUUGGUAUUACAUCAGAAACAGUAUCAUUAAAUAAACAGAUUUCAAGUACCAUACCAAAUGAUGAAACAAUCACCAAUGUUAGUAACAACGACGAUGUCAACAAUGAUAAUAGUAAUAAUUCAAUCAAUAAGGAUGAGGAUUGCACCUUACUUGUUUCUUCGACUGCAAACAUUCAUCCUACUUCUAAUGAUAAUAAUAAAAUUGACAUAGCAGCAUGUCAACUGGAAUUAUUAAUUGCAUUGAAUUUAUUAUUCCUCUGGUUUCGGUCAAAUCGCUUCACUGAGAUUAAUGCAGGGAAUAAAUCAUCUUAUCAACUGACGGAUAAAUUAUUUCAAUUAUUAACUCCUACAUUCACUGAAAAUACAGUGUACUUUUUAAACAAUUUACUUAAAUACUAUAAGCCGUUAUUACGUGAUGUCGAUAAUCAUAAUGGUGGGCAAAAACAACCUACUGAUAUACCUGUACAAGUAAACAACAACAAUGAAAACACAAGUGAUAAUGUUAAUAGCAAAAUAAUCGAUGCUGAUAUUGUUGAAGGAGAACGUGAAAAUUCUUUUCUCAUUGAGAAUCAUGUCGAUCCUUGUGGUGAUGAUGAUAGCAACCGUGAGAGUGAAGUCCAUAACAUCACUCCCAUAGAUUGGAUUCGUUUAAUGAAGCUGCCUGAAAUGGUCGUACUACAAGGUUUUCAACCACUUCAUAUACCAACACAACGUUCAUUAUGUAGUUCAUCAACAGAUUACAAUCCUGUACAUCCAUUUCUUCUUGAUUUCUCCAAUGAUAAACUAGAUGAAUUAAUAAGUCCAAACAACGAAAAUAUGCACGAAGCUAGUGUUCCAAAGCCCAAAGAAGUUGGAUUGGAACGUGUCCUGUGCCUGUUAACAUCCGCUCGAUAUGUAGCUCUAAUGUUCCCAUCCCUAGUAAAUUGGAUUCCGAACUCUAGAGAUAAAAAUCCAGAUUCCACAGAAACAACUGUCUGGUUUGGUUCAUUCUGUUACAAAAGUCAUUCCUCAAGCAAUUUAAAAGACAUGUUCAGUGUACUUAACAAACCUACAACUAUUACAGCUAUUAAUAGUAAUAUUAAAGAGACUCAGUCAAAUAAAACAACUUUAAAUAGCUUUGAAGAGCUACGUUACACCGACACUAAUCCUGUCCAUUUUAACGCUGUGCUUAACAAUAAUGAACAAGUCAAUCCUGAAGAGUCUGACAUACAAAAACCGAUAAACUUUGAUAUGUCGAAUCCUAAUUUGCCUGAAUCGGCUCCUCCUUGUGGUAACGGCAAUGAACAAUUAUCUAAUAUCCCUGUAACUAUCCAUCAUAAAACAAUAAGAACUAAUUCAAUAAGUAAUCAAACCACAGAAUCAUCAUCUCCCGAAGUAACUACAUCAAACGAUUUUGUAGUAUCGUCAACUACAUCAUCACUACCUUCCUCAUUACUAUCUCAUGUUGGGACCUCUGGUGGACUUAUCAUGAAUGCAGAGUUAGCUAAAUUUAUUCAAGAACAAGCCAGUCAGGUUGCAGCUAGACAACAACGAUUCAAUAUGCCUACUAAUUCCAUUAUUAAUGACGACCAGCAACAACUGGAUUCCACCGGAGCAUCCAUACCCACUACUGUUUGUGGAAAUUCAGAUGUUGGUUCUCUAAGAGGAAAUUUACCUAUGCCAGGAGUAGGAGGAGUAGAAACAUCUUUAUCAAGACUAAGCUUAAGCGCAACAUUCAAACGAAAUCUGCCACCAAGAUAUGCUAAAUUAUUACAAGCAAAAGAAUUACAAGAAAAAGAGGCUUUAAAAAGUCGAUACGGUCACCAAACGCAGAAAGAGUUAAGCUCAUCCCUAUUGCCACUUGAUAAACCUGCUCCUUUAGCACGUAAAGAAUCGGAAGCACCCACAGACCUUAUUUGUUUAUUAUCAUCAACUGAUGUAAACCCAGUUGUACUACAACAUCUUCAUGAACAGCAUAUUCAACAACGGCCUCAAUGGUUUUAAAUUAAUUCUAUGAAUUAAGAAGAGAAAAUUAAGUAAAUGACAAUGACAACAUUAACACCAAGAUCUUAUUGAAGAAAAAGAAAUAAUAGUGGUAGUAAGAUGAACAGGAAAUUCCAAUGAAUUUAUUUGGAAUGUCUUCAACAUCAACAAUUCCUGAGAUAUUAUUAUUUUGCACUAUUCUCAAAAAAACUAGUUCAAUGCCAUUGUUGAUUCGUAUGUUUUGUCGUUUUAGAAAACAAUUAAAUACUAAACUGUAUAUUGUAAUAAGUUAAGAUGGAAUUGCUUGUUUCCUGUUUUGUUAUUUUGUACUGUAUUUUUUAGAAUAAUGAGAUUUAUUUCACAUCUUG